GCAACUGGCAGGUAAGAUGCUUCCAACUAUUUUUUUAUAAAUAAUGAGGGUACUUCGAAAUAAGAAGCAAAGUGAAAAGUUAUAUUUUAUAAUUAACUGAAACUUAAAGUAUUGCCAAUAGGCAUAGGUUACCGCAUGAUAAAACUUAUUUAAAUUCAUUAAUAUGGAAAGAAAUAGAGAAAAGUUAAGAAAAAGCAUUGAAAAUAACAAUGAGGCUGAAGUUCAGGAUUUGUUAAGCAAUAGUUUGGAUCCAAAUUAUGAAGGUGGAUGGCCCAUACGAUUUGCCGCGCGAUUAGGAUUUUAUAACAUAGUGAAACUAUUUUUACGAUUUGGUGCUAACCCACAUCUUCUCAGUGAUUCUGGUGCUUCAACGUUACAAUUAGCUGUGUAUUCAACAAAAAAUUGGGAUCAAGACAAUUGGAACUUUUUGUUAUCCUGCUGUGACUCCUCUCAAUUGGCUGACGGGGCUGCUGUUGCAAUUAUUUUUGGCAAUACUGACGCUUUUAAAAAGAUAAUAAGUACUGGACGUUGUAACACUAAUAUACCAACAUCGUUAACAGGAAAAACUGUAGAAGAUCUUGCUAAAGGCUAUAAAUUAAAUUAUUUAUUAAAUCCAUCUCAAAACAAUUCUCUACAAGUUACAUCAACGCUGUCAUUACCAUCACCUAGGCAUUCCAGGCAACAUAGAACGGAUGUAUCUCCAGUGCCGCAGCAUCGAAAUCUGUCGCCAUCUGUUGCCAAUUUUUUCAACAUCGCAGCGCAACGUCUGACUCCCCCUCGAUCACCUUUACGGGCUACGUUUUCACCAACACAUUGACGAGACACAUUUAUUGUAGAAAUUUUAUUACUUAUUCGUUUGACUAGAUACCGUAAUAGUAUGACAGUAGGGUUAAACAAUCUCUGUAGCAGUUGUUCGCUUUGACUUGGGUUGAUUCAGUACGAUUAGCUAGAUGGAGGGACUAUGAUACCUUAAGAAAUUAAGUCUGUUUCACUUAACAAGGUCCACGUAAUGUCCCGAUUAGCUUUUAGGAUUAAAUUAUAAAAGAUGUGUAUUGACAGUCACACGAUUCUGAUAUUAUAUUAGGCAAUGUAUGAUGUUUGAUAAUUAUUGUAUUGAGAUUUAGUUCAAGAUUUCGUUUUAAUUCUUAGAUUAUAAAAAAA